AUGUCUACCAAUGUCGCGUAUGUACCUCAAUUUAUUUCUGAAAACGUUACUAAAAAGCAGACAAAAGAUAAAAUACAAGAACUCGAAAACGUCACUAAAAAGCAGAAAAAAGAUAAAAUACAAGAACUAAAAGCAGAAAAUGAAGAAUUAAAAAGAAAAAAUAAAAAUUUGAAGAGACAGCUGUACCGUUACAAAGCCGAAAUAGCAGAUCUGAAACAACAAAUAGUAUCCCAGCUACAUCCAGUUCAGACAACUACAACAGUUGACAAACCUGAGGUUGUCACUCCUACCAAAGAAACUCCAAUGACGAAAACGAAUAAGUUUUUAGAUGAAAUACCAUCAAUGUCUAAAGAAGAAAAAGAGAAAGUCAAAAAGAAACUCCUAGUACUGAAACUAAAAUUCUCACUCACUCAUUAA